UAGAUUGUGAUAGCACAAUCUGUCGUGAAAUAUGAUACUUUUCAUUGCCACAUGAAACACACUUGGGAAGGAAAAUUAUGCUACUGGGUAAUUGAUGCCAUUGAUCGCAUAAUCGCAUUUAUCUCAUUCAAAGUGCUUUCACCUCAGCUGAAGAAAAUUUACCACCGCUGGAUAGGGGAACCAACGCAUUUUCCUCAUCACCAUCCAAACCCUGCUGGACCGCAUCAGUAAGGGUGGCGAUCAAUUGUCGACGGGCCGUCAGGUGAUCAAGACGCGUAUCGCAUUGUAAAACUCGGGCUACAAAUUGGCUGUUGUGAUAAGGUGUGAUAGGUUUUUAGUUGUCGGUGCCAAAUUGCUGUCGCUAAUGAUAAAGUUGUUAACCGUAGGAUUGCAAAACAAUUAACCGGAAGAUUUUACAUCGGGUGAAGAAAAACAUCGAGCACUGUAGGAUAAUUGGAACAAGUCUGGCCUGAUCGAGAACCUAUUGGACAGCUAAUUUAUAGAUUUGAAUACUGAAAUAAUCAGCUGAAAUGAUGAAGCAAUUUUGUCAUAUUAUCAGAUCCUGGUGGAUUAUGUUGCCUUAUUUUCUUCCAAUUACCGGACAAAUCAUAUCACUUGGCUCAUGUCCGUCCAUGCCAGUAGUAAAAGACUUCAACACUCGUGCAUUUCUUGGUAUGUGGUAUGAACAAGAGAAAUAUCCCAACCUAUUCCAGUUUGGAAGUAAAUGCAAUACAGCCCAAUACAGUCUGAAAGCCGACGGAACGAUAUCCAUGAUGAAUCGACAUGAGAGCAAAAUAACUGGAAUUGAAUCGGGAGUACGAGGUCAUGGCAGACAGUUGUUUCCCGGAAAGAUGCAAGUACGAUUUCCUCAGCCAUGGAAGAAUGACGCACCGUAUUAUAUCAUCGGCACUGACUAUUUCCAUUAUGCUGUGAUAGCUACCUGCAGUGAAUUUGGUCUGUUAAAAGCAACAACGGUGUGGAUUCUGACAAGGGACCGCCACCCACGGAAUGUUCAUAUGACCCAAGCCUACUUUGACAUGAAACAUGCAGAACUAUCGGUGGCUUUUCUUGAGAAAAUUGAUCAGAAACAUUGUGCCCCAACGAAACCACCGUUUAGCAACCUUAUCUAAAUGAGAUACCAAAUAUGUGAUGAGUACAAAAUAAGCUUUUAGAAGUUAUAUCAUCGACGAGUCACUGGCGCUCUCUGCUUGUCCACCACUUUUAAUGGUCAUUUGCUUUUGCGGGUGAUUGCUCCUGUCAAUUGAGCCGAUACACAACUCCGCUGCUAUGUUAUGUCGAAUUCGUUUUUAAACCUGGGUCAGUGCCAACCCGAACCCUGAAUAAAAAAAACAUUUUCAGUUCCAUCUGUCUUUGGAUAUGUUGGUGUGCGUAGCAUCGUGUUUGUUUUGAUUCGAAACAUAUGAUCCAGAUGAUCGCCGACAUCCAGUGCACUGGCAGUGCGUUGGCAUUGACUAACCAGAUCAUGAUAAAUAAAUAAAUAUGUUCAAGUGCGUAAAUUGAUUUUUGCCGAUAGU